AUUACACUUUUGCUCCUUCAGAAUCCUGCCCAUAAGAGAUCCAUCUUGUUUGCUUACUUCCAUUAAAUAUUACCUGUACAAGGCCUAUUGGCCUCUGGAGGCUCCAGGCUGAGUCACCCAGGCUGGACCCUUGCCUAGCUGAUUGGUCUCGUGUGUGGCAGUGGCACAAGGCCAUAGUUGCUGUGGCUACGUCUGCAACAAAACUCUCUACAGUUUUGUAGCUACAUCAUACAUGGACAAGUCUCUAAAGCUCCAAACGACAAACCUCAACAACUCGCCUAGUUCCAACUCUGCAGGUGAAUACAUCUGAGAAGGUUUAAGAAGAAUGGACUCUGACUCUGAUGAAGGAGAUGUGUCUGCCUCAGCUCUCCAAGACUCGGGAGAGAAAGGCGGACUGUCAUCAUGUGGAUAUUGUGGCAAGCUGCGCACUCUGGGCAGCACUGAGCUCAUGUGCCAGCUGUGCGGCUCCUGGUUCCAUGAGUCAUGUAUCAGCUACCAGCUGGGACAGCUGGUGCCCUUCAUGCUCAACUACAGCUUCACCUGCAAGACUUGCUCUCCUUCUGGAGUAGAGCAGUUCAAGAAAGCACAAGCACAGCUGCGCGAGAUGUGCGUGACGGCGCUGGCUAACCUGAGCCACGGCAGUAGCAGUAAGGGCAAGAGCAACAAGGACGGCUCAGGCACCAAGCUCUUCAGUCUGCAGAAGGACAUCAUCCCCUUCCUGGAGCAGAACUGGGAGGCCCUCACCACCCAGGCACGCAGGGCAACCCACUCCUGGCACACCACACUACAGAAGACUCUGCUCAAGGAGGUUGACACGACGUUCACUGUAGAGGAGACGGGCAAGAACGGUGAGCCUGGUCCGUACCACCCGUUCUUCGGGCUGCAGUGCUCAGACCUGACCCUGCUCCGACCCACGGGGGACACUGCGGGGGACGGUUGUGGCAAGGGGGGGCGGGGGACCAAGAGGAAGCUCGUCGAGACAUCCACCAGCAGCAAGAAGGUGCGAGGUGAUAUGCCGACACCCAAGCUGCACGGCUACCCCAUCGACCAUCCCUUCAACAAGGACGGCUACCGCUACAUCCUGGCCGAGCCUGACCCCCACGCCCCCUUCAGGAGGGAGUUCGACGACAGCAGCGACUGGGCUGGCAAACCUAUCCCGGGUUGGCUGUACAGAUGCGUGUCGCCAAACUCGGUGUUGCUCGCUCUGCACGACCGCGCCCCUCAGCUGCACACGACCGACGACCGUCGUGCCGUGGUAGGAGAGAAAGGGUACAGCCUGAUCAGAGCCACGCACGGGGUGUCACGGGGCACUUGGUACUUCGAGUGUACCAUCACAGACCAGCCUGAUGGCUCCCACGUGCGUCUAGGCUGGGCGCAACAACUGGCCAACUUGCAGGCUCCUCUUGGGUACGACAAGUUCGGGUACUCGUGGCGGAGCCGUAAGGGCACCGUGUUCCACGAGAGCCACGGUAAACACUACGGUGAUGGGUUCUCCAAGGACGAUGUGCUGGGGAUACUCAUCCACAUCCCUCCUGAGAGCAACCCUGUGUCCAUGCUUCCACCCACCUACAAGGACAAACCGCUGGUCAAGUUCAGGUCGCAUUUAUAUUAUGAAGACAAGGACGACAUAGCGGCGGCCGUGAAGCAGCUCAAGCCCGUCAAGGGAAGCUACAUCAAGUUCUUCAAGAACGGCGAGUCGCCUGGCAUGGCUUUUAGUGAUAUCCACAGCGGCGUUUACUAUCCAUCUUUAUCAUUGUACAAAUCCAUCUCUGUUUCCAUUAACUUCGGUCCGAAUUUCGUUCAUGCCCCAGAAGGGGUGGAGUUUCGUGGCAUGCACGAGAAGGCUGAGGAGGCCAUGGUGGAGCAGACCUUGGCAGACAUGACGUACCUGGUGGAGAAUGAGGGCAGGUUGCGGCUAGACAUGAUGUCUUAGAACCGGUAGACCAGACACCAUUUCGGACCCAUCGCGGUACGCAGACCUCUGUCUUACUGACGGACAUCUCUGUCAUGCUUACACAUCUGUCUCACACAUUUGUGUCAAGCAGACGGGAUGCUGCCGUCUUUUAGAAAUAGACAGAUCUCAGCUGCCUGUCUGUGCGUCUAGACCAAUGAACUCUGUCAACAUUUUGUCGUAAAUAAAAAUUACUGCUACAGCCUGCGCCAUUGCUUGUCAGUCUUACACGGAACCAGCAACUGAAGUUUAGACUGUCGUGUGAAAUAUAGUCCUUGCAUCCUAUACCACAGUCCUCACAUCCUAUACCACAGUCCUCGCAUCCUAUACCACAGUCCUCACAUCCUAUACCACAGUCCCCACAUCCUAUACCACAGUCCUCGCAUCCUAUACCACAGUCCCCACAUCCUAUACCACAGUCCUCACAUCCUAUGCCAUAGGAUGUGAGUCUACAGCGUAGACCCUACCUCGCUGGUCUGUAGCGUAGACCCUACCGUGUAGACUGAGGCAAUAGGCGCGAGGCUGUCUAGCAUCUUUACUAGCCCCUGUAUUGGUCUUACGUUAUCAGACCCAGGGUCUGGGAGGGCGGGUCUGGCUACUCGAACUGGCCCGUGUUAGGGGCACCGUUACUAGCACAGCGGCAGCGAUAUAUAUUCCAAAUUACAUUUUGUUACAAUUUUUUUUCUUGAAACCGCUAUUAUCCAAUAAACUUAUUCGCUAAAGUAGUAGAAUUUUUUUUUGUUUAUUCAUUGUUUUUUUUUUGUAGUGCUAAGUUUUUAUUAUUAAGUUUUCCUUAUAUUGUUCGUCCGUGUAGCGCAUGUUCGGCACCACGAGCAUUUAAUUUCAAGUGUUCGGCUUAUCAAAAUGUUCUCAAUUUUAUUUGCCUCUGUUCCACAAUUAGGGAAUUUCUUCAUCGUAAUUGAUUUUUGCAUAAGUUUUUCCUUUGUUAACUUUCCAUUGGUCUAUUGAAAAUCAAUUCUCCGGUGGUUGCAAUGCUAUUCCUACCUGCUAGCCAGGUCGAUGGAGAAGGGUUGACCCAAAUAAACUAGUUUUCGUAGGAAUACCAUUGGUGGCAUUCUUACUUCAUUGUGUUCCACUGGGCAAUGCUUUGUUCCUUCUUUCCCAUGCACCACAUGCGUAUUGAUUAUUUUAUUUUGUUUAAUUUUUUGUUAAUGUGUUGAUUGAAUGAAAAUGUCCUGUAUUCAUUUUGCUUUCUUCAGACUCCGUUAAAUUAACAUUGAGUUCUUACAACAUUUCUGUCUUCAUUGGCAACACAUUUUUUUUUAAGUUCAUUAUCUUAGAAAUUAUUUU